CCACGGCCCCCAACUGUCCUUCCUGGAUCCACAGGCAGCUAUGAGGAGGCCAGUGCUCCCCUGCAGGAAGCCCUGUGUCCCACGCACCCACCGGAGGCGGCCAGGGCCCGGAGGGGCCUGCUCCAGCUCAAGAAGGGAGAUGUCCCAGCUGCCGUCCAGGACCUGCAGUGUCUGGCCGAGGCGGACGCCCAGGACCUGCGUUUCCUGCUGCAGCUCCUGGAGGCCUCGGAGCGGCACAGCGUGGCCCAGGCAGCAGCCCAGGAAGCCAGCACCCUCCUGGACACAGGGCACCCCAGGCGGGCGCUGGGCUACUGCUCGUUGGCUGUCCUGGCUGGUGGUGGCAGUACCCGCCACCUGCGUCUACGGGCUGCCUGCCUGGCUGAGCUGCGGGAAGUUGACCGGGCGCUCCAGGACCUGGACCACGUGAUCCAGGAGGGAGCAGGGGACGGGGACCUGGCCAGGCAAGCCGAGGACUUCAGCUCCCGGGGCCGCCUGCUGCUGAGCCUGGGCGACGAGGAGGGCGCCACAGGGGCCUUCGCCCAGGCCCUCGAGCUGUCACCGGCCCUGGCCCAGAGCCGCCUGUGGGCGCAGCCAGGCCAGGCCCCUACGGCCAGCAUGUUCCUGCGUCUGGGCCAGUGCUGCCUGGAGGAGAAGCGCUACGGGGAGGCCCUGACAGUCGCCCAGAGUGGCCUCUUGGUGAACCCCCACCACGGCGGCCUGAGGAGGCUGAAGGCUCGAACCCAGAGGGAAACAGCCUCCGGCUGCCGGCUGCUCUGA